AGAUUUAAGUCUCUGAUGAGAUCUUUAAAGCAUGCAGGGCUUUUGUUGACUGUUUUAGGGCUUUCGUAUGUAAAAGCACAUUUUAAAAGCACUUUGUCAUUGUUGACACCACCGCUUUCACUUAUAGAUGCUGUGGAGGAACCUGGAGACGAAGAAGGAUCUAAACCAAAGCAGAAAUCAUUUGUACCAGCUUUGGUUCCUCCCAAAAUUCCUGAUGGAGAGAAAGUUGAUUUUGACGACAUUCAUCGCAAACGCAUGGAGAAAGACCUAACAGAGUUGCAGACGCUCAUCGAAGCUCACUUUGAGAAAAGAAAGAAGGACGAAGAAGAACUCAUCGUCCUCACUCAGAGAAUCGAGAACCGGAGGUCAGAACGGGCCGAACAGCAGAGGAUUCAUGCAGAACGAGAGAAAGAACGUCAAAACAAACUCGCCGAGGAAAAGGCACGAAAAGAGGAAGAAGAGGCAAAGAGGAAAGCUGAUGAUGAUGCAAAGAAGAAGAAAGCUUUUGCAAACUUUCACUAUACAGGAUACUUGCAAAGGACAGACAAGAAGGGCGGACAGAGGAGACAAACCGAGAGAGAAAAGAAAAAAACGAUUCUCAAUGAGCGACGUAAAGAUCUGAACGUGGACAACCUCAGUGAGGAUAAACUCAGAGAGAAAGCAAACGAACUGUGGAAGUGGAUGCGGCAACUGGAAGGGGAGAAAUUCGACCUGCAAUACAAACAUAUGUGUCAGAAAUAUGAGAUCACUGUGCUUAGAAAUCGAGUCAGCGAACAUCAAAAGAUUACCAAAGGCUCAAGAAGUAAAAGAGGACUGAGAAAAUAAAGCUGCUUCAUCAGCAAUCUCUACUCGUAAGAGAUCAAAGACCACUGAGAUUUAUGCUUUAAGAUUAUAGUUUGUUUUUCUUCUGGCAUAAAUAAUGCAAUAGUUGUAGAAAUGAUAAUUAAAUCAGCACUGCAUUAAUGGGGUGACACAGAACUACUGCUGUUAAAAACUUUAUUAAACUUUGCUGAAGUUAUUAAAAGCUGACAAAUGUAUGCCCAUGUUUAAUGUUAUAAGUAACCAUAAUAUACUGCAGGUAAAUAUGAGAACAUGAGAUCUAAAUGAGCCAUCCAGGUGUUAAACACUCAUAAGUGUUUAUAUCUAUAUAUUUUAUUUAAACAUGCACAAACACGAUGCGAUACAGUCUGUAACACUCAAGACGCAUAAAAAUACUUUUACAUUUCGAAACAAUUGCAAAGAGUUACAUUGACAUAUAAAAAUGCUUUUACUGAAUACAAUUUUACUCUUUAUUGUAACAUGAAAUAAAAAAAUAUCAUGUUUUUGUCAUUGCAUUUCAUGCAUUGUUACUUAUUGUUAUUGUUACUACCUCCCCAAAAGAAAUAAAGCAUGUCAUUCUUACCAUUUUUCUGAAAUACUUAACCAGAAUAAAAAUGCAAUUAAAGUUUAA